AGCCACAGGUGUCAAUUUCAGUAGACUUGCCUCGUGUAAAGAAAUGAGUUGAUUCAUGCAAAUUGAUAGUACAGUGGGUAGAUUUCAAUACCCUUUGUCUUUACCUUAGCUGCUUCUCCCCCGUUUCAAACCCCUUCAAUUCUCCUUUCUCAAUCCUUGCGCACGGCAAAGAUUUCAGUGGGAUUUCGGUAAAUCCUCUCUCUCUCUCUCACAAAUGUUUCUCUUUACAUUUCCUCCCAAAGGCACGCUGCAUUUGUGCAUUUGGGCUUGUAAGAAUUUUCAGUAUCCUUUCGCAUAGACGCUAAAGAUGGGAGAAGAUUGCAGGGAUUGCAGUAAAUGGGAACAAGACAUGUACUGGACCCAUUUCCAGUCCAUUAUGUUCCUUCAAAUUCUCCCCCCGGGUUUUGAUCAGCAACUCGCUAUUCCGGAAAAAUUUGGCAGAAACAUGAAAAAGAAAUUACCCGAAAAUGUAACUGUAGUAGGUCCAAGUGGUGCCAAGUGGGAUGUGGGACUGGUCUCAUGCGGGGAGACCUUUCUUUUCAAACAUGGUUGGAAAGAAUUUGUUAAGGAUCAUUUGCUCAAAGAAGAUGAUGUCUUGAUCUUUAGGUACAAUGGGGAGUCACGGUUUGAUGUUAUUAUAUUCAAUGGGCAGAGCUUUUGUGAGAGGGAAUCUUCAUAUUUUGUCACAAAAUGCGGACAUACAGAACGAGAUGGUGGAUUCCGAACAAAGAGAAACAUGGGAGAGAGUCCUGUUGAAGUUGAGUGUGACUCGUUGGAUUGUGGUGGUGAAUGCAGUCCAUCAAAAAGACCAAGAAACAAUGAGAAUCUGAAGUCAGCGCAUUUGGGACGGCCCACACAAUCUAAGAGAAGGGUUGGAGUGAAAAAGGUUAAUUCGGUUGCAAAAGACGGAACUGUUGGGGGCUAUGCGUUGCAAUACGUAUCCAACAGAAGACCUGUAACGGAGGAGGAGAAAAAGAAUGCACUAAAAAUGGCACGUGCAGCAUUUACUCCAAGCAGUUGCAUAGUAGUGAUGCGAACCUCACAUGUAUACAGGGGAUUCUUCCUGUCGAUUCCUUCUGAAUGGGUGUUUUCCCAUUUGCCUCGUAAGGGCAAAGAUGUGACACUCCGUGUUAAAGAGAAAGAGAAAACAUGGCAUGCCAGAUAUAAUGGUAUAGUCGGUAGUCGUGCCCGUGGACUGACUGGUGGUUGGAAGGAUUUUGCUUUUGAUAACAACUUGGAAGAAUUUGACGUGUGUCUGUUUGAGCUUUCAAGUGGAAUUCACGUUGACAUAGUCAUGGAUGUUAGUAUCUUUCGAGUUGUCGCAGAGGUAAGUCCCCUUACCCGGGUGUCCCGUUCCCCUUCAAGGCGUGGAAGGCGCUCAAAAUAUGCUACGGAACGAAAUUAGGGCAAUGGUGCAAGAGUUCCGUUGUUCUUGCUUGUGUUUAUGGCAUUAUGAGAGUAUUGCUUACUUUGAAAGUUUGUGGUGGGCAAUUUUGAUGCACUCAGAUGUGGCUUUUGGAUUUGAAAAGUACCAUUAAAACAAGUGUUCCUAGUAGGCUGCGUAAUACUAUUAUGAUCUGUAGUCUCAACAUA